AUGAAACUGUUGAAUAUGCUUGUUGAAAUUGUUAAGCUGAAUAUCCUUGCUGACUUAAUGGCUUCUGCGAAUACACCAUCAGAAACACCAUCUUCGCAAGAACAAGGAUCAACUCCUGAUGCAUCAAUCGGAACCCAAAAAAAUAAUAAUAGAGCAAAAACCUAUCCUGCAUGGGGUCAUUGUAAACAAGUUGUGGAGUCUGGAAAAACAAUUCUGCUAUGCAUAUAUUAUGAGAAGCUUAUUAGGGGUGGAGGAAUUCAUCGGUUUAAACUUCAUUUGGCUGGAAAAGGAGGAGAUGUUGAGUCUUGUCGAAAGGUGCCAGCUGCAGUGAGACACCAAUUCCAUGAAAGUAUUGAAGAGCUUCGAAGCAAGAAAAGAAAAACUCAAGAACAAUAUGCCGAAAGUUAUAAUGCUUGUGAUGAUGUUGAAAGAGAAUUUGAUGAGAUCGAACGUAAUGAGAUGCAACAACAACAAAAAUCCAGGGUUCCAACACCUAUCUCUAGAAAAGGAAAACAAGUCAAAGGUUUACAAUCCUAUUUUCCAUUGGCAACAACACCCGGAGCUAAACCAACUAUCAAAAGCUUUCUUCAAAGCAAAGAAAUUGUGGAGAAGUGUGAUAUUGCUAUUGUGAAAUGGAUGGUGGAUGCCUCUGUUCCAUUUAAUGCGGUUAAUUCAGCUUACUAUCAGCCAAUGAUUGAUGCUAUUGCGAACAUGGGUGCAGGGUAUAAAGGGCCAAGUUAUCCAAGAGUCCAUGGGUAUUUGUUGAGUAAAUUAGUUGAGGAUGUGAGGAAGAUGAUUGAUGGUUAUCGUGAGAUUUGGAAGCAAACUGGAUGCACUAUUAUGGCCUAUGGAUGGACUGAUCGUUGUAGGCGUACUUUGAUUAAUUUUCUAGUUUAUUGUCCCAAAGGAACUGUUUUUCUAAAGUCAGUUGAUGCUUCUAAUAUCUCAAAAACUGCUAAAAAUUUGUUUAAGUUGUUUAGGGAUGUUGUAUUGUUUGUUGGUCCUGAGAAUGUUGUGCAUAUUGUAACGGACAAUGCUGCAAACUAUGUUGCUGCGGGAAGAUUGUUGGAGGCUGAGUUUCCUAAAUUGUAUUGGUCCCCUUGUGCAGCUCAUUGUGUUAAUCUGAUGUUUCAAGAUAUUGGGAAGUUGCAAGAAGUGAGUCAAACUGUGUCACAAGCUUUACUGAUCACUAAGUAUAUCUAUAAUCAUUGCUAUCCACUGUUCUUGAUGAGAAAGUUUACAGGUGGGCAGGAAAUACUUCGUCCAGCUCCAACUCGGUUUGCUACUAAUUUCAUUACUUUGCAAAGUAUUUUAGCUCAAAAGGAUCCUUUGAGAGCUAUGGUGACUUCUAAAGAAUUUACAAGCUCAGCUUACUCCAAAGAAGCCAAAGCUAAGAAAUUUGUGGAUCAAGUCUUGGAUUCUAAAUUUUGGAGUCAAUGCACUGAUAUUGUUAAGCUUACUUCGCCACUUGUUCAUGUUUUACGUAUUGUGGAUAGUGAAGACAGACCUGCCAUGGGUUAUCUUUAUCAAGCUAUUUAUAAGGCUAGAGAAGAAAUGGUGAGGAGGUUUCAAAAAAGAAAGAAGGUUGUUGAUCCUUAUUUAAAGAUUUUGGAUACCCGUUGGGAUGCACAACUUAAGAAAAAUCUUCAUGCCGCUGGUUAUUGGUUAAAUCCAGCUUUUCGAUUUAAUGCUGGAGAAUUUGAAAAUCACAAAGAAAUGAUUUUUGGCUUGUUGGAUGUCAUUGAGAAAUAUGCUUAUGAUGAUCCUGUAUUAAAUUCUAAGCUGACAAGUGAGAAGAGGAUCUUUAAGAAUGCUGAGAAAGAUUUUGGAAGACCCUCUGCAAUACGUGAACGAACCACUGUUAUGCCAGAUCAAUGGUGGGAAUCUUAUGGUUGUGGAGCACCAAAUUUGCAAAAGUUGGCUAUUCGUGUUUUAAGCCAGACUUGUAGCUCUUCAGGUUGUGAGCGUAACUGGAGUAUUUUUGAACACAUUCACUCAAAGAAGAGGAAUCGGCUAGAGCAUCAAAAACUUAAUGAUCUUGUUUAUGUUCAUUACAACUUAAGGUUACAACAAAGGAACCAAAUGAGAAACCAAGUUUAUGAUCCAAUUUGUCUUGAUGCAUUUGAGGAUCAUUCGGAAUGGAUAUUGGAAGAUUCACCAUCAUUUUUAACUCCUGAAGAAAUUGAUGCUUUACGAAAUGAUCUUGCAAAUAUGUCUCUUCAAUCACCUUUAGAUGAUUUAAAUCAAUUGGAUUUGGAAGAUGAUCGGGAGGAUGAUGAAGCUAAUAAUUCUGUGGAAAAUGCAAAUCAAAAUGAAACCAAUCAGGAUGUAGCUCCACAUUUGUCAGAUGAAGAGCAACUUGCCGACUUCGAAAUCACUCCUUGGAUUUAG